AUGCUGAAUAAAUCGGAGUCCUAUACAAUAUCACAAGAUAAUAUUGAUAGACAUUCAAACAUUCGUCUAUCAUAUUGGACAUAUAGUUUUCUAAUAAUAAUAUCAACUCUUCUAUAUAUAAUAUGUUUAUUUUCAUCUGAAACAUGGUUUAUAAUUAAACAAGAUACUAAUAAUGAAACGAUGAUUUAUUUUCAAUCGAAAAAUAUUUGUCUUCGUCAAAAAGAUAAUAAAUUUUGUAUUGAACCAUAUUUACCAAUAAAUCAAUGUGAUGAAUAUGAUUUAAUUCAAUGGACAAUUCGUUGUUCUACAAAAUAUUUUAUUCUUUUUAAUAAAACAUCAGUGAAUUUAUGUAAUUGUUUUCAAAUUCCGUUAACUAAUAUAACAUAUCGAAAUAGUAUUUUUAUAUUUAUUCUUCUUAUAUUAACAAGUUUAAUAACACUUAGUAAAUAUUGUUCAUCAAAACAAUGUAUUUUAUAUUAUUUAAAUAAAUAUCUUCUUUUGAUAUUACUUAUAUCAAUAGUUAGUUUUGAAUUUUAUUUUAUUUAUAUUAUAUUUAAUGAUAAAAAAUCCAUUGAAAAACUAUAUAGGAAUUAUUUUUCAAGAAUUCAAAUUUAUUCAACUAUAUUCUAUUCAUUUCAAAUAUUUAUUAUUAUUAUUCAUGUUAUUUCAAUAAUAAUGCUUAUUCAUGAUUGA